UUAGUGUCUGUAUGUAAAAUGACACCUGUAGCAAAUGGUGCUACAGUGGAUAAUGCUCACACAAAUCUGCACUCGGGUGAUCACUUAGUCGAACCAUCUGAAGAUGUGCAAUUGUCUGAUACGUUCCUGUCCGACGCCCGCUUCCUUAGCUUCUUCCUCACUCUGUGGCCUGAGAGACUGCGUAGUCUGGAACUUCAAAAGCUGGCUGUCAUUUUCUUCACCAUAUCAAGUUGUGCGAGCAUGAAUAUGCUGAAUUUGUGUCACAAGGCCGCAGGAUCCAGACAGAAAUUGAUAGACUGGCUCUAUAUGCUGCAGAUUGAGAAUCACGACGAUGAAGGUGACAAACUCGACUGGGGUUUUCGUCCUUCUGAGUGGCUGAUGAUUCCAAAUGAGAAGUCAAAAUCAUCAGAAGGCUCGAAGACAUUUUUGCCAUGUAUAAGCAGGUGCUACGAUGGAUCCCACCUGACUAUGACUCAUGCGGCUCUGCUUUCUCUCAUCUGCUUGGAGGAUGACUUGGAGAGAGUGAAAAGAGAAGAGAUUCUAAAGAGUGUUGCCCAAAUGCAACAGAAGUCUGGAUGCUUCAGCUGUACAAUGCAUGAGGGCGAGGAAGAUGUGCGCUUCGUGUAUGCUGCAGUUGCCAUUUGUUUCAUCCUCAAUGACUUCUCACGGAUAGACACUGACAGAGUGGUCCACUUUAUCCUCAGCUGUCUCAACCCAGCUGGAGGAGCAUUCGGUCAAAGACCAGCUGGGGAGGCACAUGCAGGAUGCACUUACUUAGCAUUAGCCAGUCUCAAAUUGAUGGGACGCCUGGACGUUUUGAGCGAGGAACAGAAGUCACAAAUGGUAACCUGGUUAGUCAGUCGUCAGUUGCGAGGCUUCAAUGGCCGACCUUCAAAAGACGAAGACACGUGCUACUUUUUCUGGACAGGAGCCUCGCUUUCGAUAUUGGGUUUCUACUAUUUGGUAGACCACAAGGCUGCUCGUAUGUUUGCUUCAACCUGUAAAGGGGGAAGCGGAGGUUUCAAAAAGACAGCAGAUGCUGGCGAAGCAGAUCCAUUGCACACGCAUUGCGUCAUAUCGGCCUUAGCUCUGGACCCAGAAGCCAAUGCGAUAUCUCCUGAGCUUUUGCUGCCUUUGCAUGAUGCGCUUGACAUUCCGCAAAAGUAUUAUCUGCACUUGAAACAAUUACAUGCGUCGUGGUGUACGAAUCAAUGAAUAUGGUGCUAAAACUAUUUGAAAUGUGCCUAUUUCAGUUUUGCAGGGCGAAUAACAGUAGUUAAGUCUAAAGAAGUUUAGGUGAAUGUCAAGCAGACGGGUCUGAUCUAGACAAUGAACUUAAUUGUGAAUUAGGUGAAAAAGUAAAGAAAGAAAAGAACGCAUUUUGGCGGGUA